AUGAAUCGGAACGUAGACUUGGGAAGUCGAAGUAAAAAAGCAACGUCAGUUGAUCACUUUCCUGAAGAAAUCUUAGCCGAAAUCUUGCCGAGGCUGCCUGUCAAAUCUGUAAUCAAAUUUACAAGAGUGUGCACGUUUUGGAACUCUCUGAUCAAAAGUUCCACCUUCGCUGACAAUUAUCUCAGCCGCUCCUUAUUAAUCCAAUCCGACCACUACACCAAAAACGACGGUCGUCAGCUCUUUCUACUAAAGCAGAUUGGGGGUAAGUAUUACUCUUCGACGUUGUCCUAUUAUAAAGAUAACCCUAACCCUGGAUUUGGUAGCGCUAAGUUCACCGAGCUUCUCAAACCACCAACUUUGGAUGACAUAAAUCGUCGGUAUGAGGUUUUGCGAAUGGUUGGAACUUGUAACGGGCUCAUAUUGGUUGCUUCUUGCGGGUACGCUCAUGCCACCGAUCCCACCCCCAUUAUUUGGAACCCUUCAGCUAGAAAGUAUGUGAUUUUGCCUAGGCCUUCUAUUAACAUCUCUUCCACCAGGACGGAGAAUUUGCCUGAACAGAAUUACUUCUUUGGCUAUGAUUGUCGGACCAAUGACUAUAAGGUCUUGAGAAUUGUGAGCAUCUCUAGACACGUUAAGAUUGAGGUUUACUCCUUGGCCAAGGGCUAUUGGAAAAGCCCUAGGUCUAGUUUUCCUGCUUAUUUUAUGGCUGUGCAUGUUUUCGAAAAUGUGUUUGUGAAUGGUGCUCUGCAUUGGAUUCUACCCCGUGACAGAAACCUUGAUGAAUAUCUAAUUGUGUCCUUUGAUUUGGGCACUGAAUUAUUUCACAAGAUCACGAUGCCUGAAGCUUUACGAAAAAAAGGUUCCAACUGCUAUGUUUUAAGACGUGGGGAGUCCCUUGCCUUGAUUGAGAUUGAGUCCACAUUCCUCGACAACGAAAGACAUUUUGUCCAUCAGCUUCAUUUGUGGGUCAUGAAAGAAUAUGGUGACGUGAAAUCGUGGAUAAAAUUAGAUAGUGUAGGCUUGCAAGGGACUGAUCGUCCUAGGCCUCUAUGUUUCAAAAGCCGUGAUGAGCUGGUGAUCACAAUGUUCGAUUGCAAUAGGCAGCAAACCGCGGUAGUGGUGGAUAUGGCUAAAGAAACUGCAACUCGUCAAGAACGUUGCUACUCGUCAUCAAUGGAUCCUUUUGUAGAGAGCCUUGUCUUACUUAACCAUCCUAAUGCACUUUCCUACUAG